UCGGCCAAGUGAGAGAAGCCCCAGUUCGGAUUGGAGUGGGUUUCUCUGGUCUUGUGGGGGGGGGAGGGGGGGGGGGGGCUCGGUGAAGCUUCAUUUGUUUUGGCUGCAGUGGGAAACUGAGGAGUGUAAACACAGGAAAAGCAAAGUGUUCUGCUUGCCGUGUGAUCUCCUUAAGAGUGGAUCUGCCGAGCUGAGAAGCCCACUGAACGGCAGGAAUCCUCCCUCAGUGGCGGUGCGACGAUGACCGAGCUGGUUUCCAAGUGGCCCUGUGAAUACUGCACAUACGAGAACUGGCCGUCAGCCAUCAAGUGCACUAUGUGCCGCGCUCAGAGGCCCAGCGGUGGUGCCAUCAUUACUGAGGAGCCCUUCAGGAGCAGCCCCGCUCUGGAUGCCAGUAUGCACCAGUGGGACCCUGCAGGCCUCAGCAACAGCCCAACUCAGGGGGGCUCCAGCUUACUUAUUUGUCCAGACUCCAGUGCCCGACCCCGCGUACGCAUUGCUGAUGUACCUGAGCCUAGUAGCAAGUGGUCGUGCCACAUGUGCACCUACUUGAACUGGCCUCGGGCCAUCCGUUGCACCCAGUGCCUGUGCCAGAGGCAUCAGGCUCAACAACAAAAGCAUGUGCAGCAUGCACCCCAUCAAGGACAUCACACCCAGCAUCCACGAAGCCCCACAGAAUCACCCCAGAGCUCAGGCUCUGGAUGCCGCCCUGCUCCCUCGGCCACCACUACAGACCCCUGUGAGGAAUAUAAUGACCGUAACAGGCUCAACACUCAUGCACACCGCUGGACCUGCACCGCCUGCACUUACGAGAACUGGGCCAAGGCACUCAAGUGUGUGGUGUGCGACCACCCCAGGCCAAAUAGUCUGUUACCCGAACCCAUUGAGCUGGCAUCAGAGACUGAGAGCCAACCACCUUCCUCUAAACUUAAUGAACAGGACAGGGACAACAGGAGGUGUGUUGUUGGGCAUGUGGUUGGGCAAGGAGUAGGAAGUGUGGUAAGUGGGGUUUUGGGUUGUAGCAGCAGCCAAAGGAGGUCACCCCCAACCUCGAAGCGGGAGUCAGAGGUGAACAUGGACUUUCAGAGGAUUGAACUGGCAUCAGGGGCUGGGAUUGGGAGCAAAGAGGAGCUGGAGGUGGAUUUCAAAAAACUGAAGCAGAUUAAGAACAGGAUGAGACGGACUGAUUGGCUGUUCCUCAAUGCUUGUGUUGGUGUUGUGGAAGGUGACCUGGCAGCGGUGGAGGCCUACAAGUCAUCGGGAGGUGACAUCGCACGGCAGCUGACGUCAGACGAGGUGCGCCUAUUAAAUCGCUCCUCUGCAUUUGAUGACGGCUUCACGCUGGUUCACCUAGCCAUCCGCUUCCAGAGACAGGACAUGCUGGCUGUGUUACUCACGGAGGUGUCCCAGCAGGCAGCCAAGUGUAUUCCAGCCAUGGUGUGUCCUGAGCUAACGGAGCAGAUCCGUCGUGAGGUGGCGGCCUCUCUUCACCAGCGCAAGGGCGACUUCACCUGCUAUUUCCUCACUGACUUGGUGACCUUCACCCUGCCCGCAGACAUUGAGGACUUGCCCCCGGCAGUUCAGGAGAAACUGUUUGAUGAGGUGCUGGACCGAGAUGUACAAAAAGAACUAGAAGAGGAGUCUCCCAUCAUCAACUGGUCCCUGGAGCUCGGGACGAGGUUGGACAGUCGAUUGUACGCCCUGUGGAACCGCACGGCCGGGGACUGUCUCCUCGACUCCGUCCUGCAGGCGACAUGGGGCAUCUAUGACAAGGACUCAGUGCUCCGCAAGACCCUCCACGACAGCCUGCACGACUGUUCUCACUGGUUUUACACGCGCUGGAAGGAGUGGGAGUCGUGGUAUUCGCAGAGCUUCGGCCUGCACUUUUCCCUUCGGGAGGAACAGUGGCAGGAAGACUGGGCUUUCAUCCUCUCUCUGGCCAGUCAGCCAGGAUCCAGCUUGGAGCAGACCCACAUUUUUGUUCUGGCACACAUACUUCGUAGGCCUAUCAUCGUCUACGGAGUGAAGUAUUACAAGAGUUUCCGUGGAGAAACGCUCGGGUACACCCGCUUUCAAGGUGUGUACUUGCCCCUUUUGUGGGAGCAGAGUUUCUGCUGGAAGAGCCCCAUCGCUCUGGGAUACACACGGGGACACUUCUCAGCACUGGUGGCCAUGGAGAACGACGGCUUCGACAAUCGCGGCGCCGGCGCCAACCUCAACACGGACGAUGACGUGACCGUCACGUUCCUGCCGCUGGUCGACAGCGAGAGGAAGCUGCUUCACAUUCACUUCCUCUCAGCGCAGGAAAUGGGUAACGAAGAGCAACAGGAGAAGCUGCUGCGGGAGUGGUUGGACUGCUGUGUGACGGAGGGCGGGGUUCUGGUGGCUCUUCAGAAAAGUUCCCGCCGCCGCAACCACCCACUCGUCACCCAGAUGGUGGAGAAGUGGCUGGACGGCUACCGGCAGAUCCGCCCCUGCGCGUCUUUGUCUGACGGAGAAGAGGAGGAAGACGACGACGACGAGUGACAACUGAAGCAAAGGGUUGGGAGGAGGCGGUCUGUGGGGGGGGACAUGACUCCUCCUUCUCCUCUCUCGUACAGUUUUUCUUUAUUUUUGUUUUCCUUUCCUGACACGGACAAACUGUGAAAGCCUUCAGGAGAGGACAAGGAACCACGAGAUCCCCCCCCCAUCACCACCUCUGACAGGACACACUGCGACUCUUCUGCACGCAGGCACUCGGACAUACAAUUUAAAAACACAUUCAACACUUUACUCGGACAAACUCGACUGCUGCGAAACAGAUUCGGGGGAAGAUUAAAGGUUUACGAAUGAAAAUGACCUUUUGGAUUUGUUUUGAUUUUCAAAUGUAAAGGAAAAAAAGAUUCUUUAUCCAUAGAUGUAAAUGCAUGUGGUUGUUUUAAAAAAAGAGUAUAAGGAAAUAUACCAGCAUUGAUUCAAAGCAACACUUUAUAUCCGUUCAGUGUGGGCACUGACAAAAGCACACUUCCAAAUUUGAUGUUUAUUUUCCAUUUUUAAGAGUUGAGUUUUUUUUUCUUCUUCUGAAUGGGCAGGGACAAAGCCAAUAAAUAUCAUUAUCUUUAGAAAACCAGAGAUGGUGUAAUACUAAAUGACUUUAAUCCUUAUUACUAAGCACUGCACAUUUAUUAAAACAUUUCUAUAUAAAUACAGUAUCAUUGCUUGAAUUAAGGUCAUAUAUGAACCUCUUGAAAAAGGGACACUUUCCACACUCAUUAAGUUUUCACACACAAACAUUCAUGUUAGAUCUUUUGGUUUACCUUUUUACAGACUGAUUGAAGUUGUGUGUGUGUGUGCGUGUGUGUGUGUGUGCGUGUGCGGUUUUCUUCUCUGAACUUACUCUACAUAUUCAUUGUUUGGAAACUUCUCUGAGCUUUAAGGUUUAUUUUCUUUCUCCUUUUUUGUGUUUUUUGUUAAUUAUUCUCUCAAUCUUGAUGAAGACACGUUGCACGGAAACACUGUUGCUGUGAGGAAGGAACCAAUCAACCAUCAGUGAAAAGUUUACUUGCGUUGUUCAGUGUGAUUUAGUACCUCAUGUGGACGCCUAAAAUCUGGUGCUUUUUCUUUUGGGCAGGCGAGUGUGAGACGCAUUCAAUGUCAACAUAAACACGUCUCAUCGUUUGUCUCCUGUGUCCCUUUUUUUCCCUUCUAGCAUUUGUUGUCACAGUCACCCUCGUGGUACAUGUCCGUUCACCUCUGUAACGCCCGUUUGUUGUCAUUAUGUGAACCCAUCUUUAAGUUUUUAAGGUCAUUGUGAGACUGCAACAUAUAAAAACCAAAGCUGACAAAAAAACAAGUUGUCGUUAUUUUUCUUUGCUGUGAAUGUUUUUUGCAUUUAGUUAUUUUUUCUUGCCAUUGCGUACUGUAACCUCUUUCGUGUUUCAUUCAAGUCAUACACGUUUUGAGCAUCACCUGUAUGUUGCUUUGUAUUUAUGCAAUAGUUGCAGUUGUGACUAUGAUGGUUUGUGGAUUUAGGCCUGACUUCACUAUACAGAGUGUAACACAAUGAACAGGCAAAAUAAGGAAAAAAAUAAAUAAAGGAAAACCUUUUUGAAUGUCCAACUAAA